CAAACAAAACAUUUUCACCACAUAACCUAUAUUAAAAAUAUUUUCGAUUAUAAUUUGUCACAUAUUUAACAAUAUUAUUCAAAAUUCUCAUAGAUUCUCUCGAUUUUUAAGAGAGUAACAGUGUUAUUUAAUUGUACACAAAUUUAUAAUUUUCGAGUUCCAAUGAUGGAGGCUGAAUCAGGUGAUAAGAAGCCGAUAUGUCUGAUUAUUUUAGGCAUGGCAGGUGCUGGCAAAACAUCAUUCACAAAGAGAUUGGCCAGUAAAGUGGUGAAUGAUGCCAGACCAUAUCUUAUAAACUUGGAUCCUGCUUGCAGAGAAGUUCCAUAUCCGGCUAAUAUAGAUAUAAGAGACACAGUGAAUUAUAAAGAGGUAAUGAAACAGUAUGGUCUUGGUCCCAAUGGAGGUAUUGUGACAGCUUUGAAUUUGUUCUCCACAAAGUUUGGUCAGGUUGUAAACCUCAUUGAAAAGGCGGGCACCAAGCAUAAAUAUUGUGUUAUUGACACACCAGGACAGAUAGAGGUAUUCACUUGGUCCGCAUCAGGGACUAUAAUAACUGAGACACUGGCGGCCUCGUGUCCCACAGUGGUCGUGUACGUUAUGGACACAGUACGUAGUGUGUCCCCCGUCACCUUCAUGUCCAAUAUGUUGUAUGCCUGCUCAAUAUUGUAUAAGACGAGGCUACCUUUUAUUGUUGUUAUGAAUAAGACAGACGUAGUGAACAAUUCGUACGCUGUAGAAUGGAUGCGGGAUUUUGAAGCGUUUCAAGAGGCUUUGGACGCGGACUGUGACGGAGAGGGCAGCUCGUACGUGGGGAACCUCACGCGCUCCAUGGCUCUGGCGUUGGAUACCUUCUACACGGACCUGAGGAGCUGCGGACUGAGCGCGCACACGGGGGACGGAAUCGAUGAGUUCUUCAAAUUGGUCGACGAAGCAGCUGAAGAAUAUGAAAGAGAUUAUAAGGCGGAUUGGUUGAAGAUGCGCGCGGAAAAACUGGAGGAACAAAAGAAGAAAGAGGAAGAAUUGAAAGCGAGCAAACAAGAUAGCUCGGAUACAGUGAUAGAUAAGGGGAGUCUGAUAGACCAGGUGAUGGGUGGAAGGGAGAUAAGUGACAUGUACCUGAAGCACCCCGCUAACGAAAGCUCAAGUGACGACGAGGGAGAAGAGGAUAUGCACGAGGAUGUUGAUGACAAACCUGCUGAUGUGUUGGCGUUCCAAGAGUUUAUAAAGAAACACGUAAAACCUAACGAGGAUAAUAAAACUUAGUAUUUUGUAUCACA